UCAUCUUUCUGUGUAUAUGUGUGUUCAGGAGAAGGACAAGCCUCAUGAGGGCUCCAGGCCAGUCAGAGCUGUGUUUGUGUCUGAUGGGAAGAUCCUGACCACCGGUUUCAGCCGCAUGAGUGAGCGUCAGGUGGCGCUGUGGGAUCCUAACAACUUCAGUGAGCCCUUGAACCUGCAGGAGCUGGACACCAGCAGUGGGGUGCUGUUACCUUUCUUUGACCCUGACACUGGUAUAGUCUACCUUUGUGGCAAGGGUGACAGCAGCAUCAGAUACUUUGAGGUGACGGACGAGGCCCCAUACGUUCACUAUCUCUCCAUGUACAGCAGUAAAGAGAGUCAGAAGGGCAUGGGCUACAUGCCUAAGAGAGGCCUGGAAGUCAACAAGUGUGAGAUUGCAAGGUUCUAUAAACUCCACGAGAGAAAGUGUGAACCUAUUGUAAUGACUGUGCCUCGUAAGUCUGACGUGUUUCAAGAAGACCUUUACCCCGACACGAUUGGUCCAGAGCCAUCGGUGGAGGCAGAUAAUUGGUUUGCUGGUAAAGAUGGGGAACCCAUCCUGAUCUCCUUGAAAGACGGUUUUGUGGCUACCACCAAAAAUAAAGAGUUCAAAGUCAUCAAGAGCUUGAUGGCCACCACAUCAUCUUCCUCAAGCAACCGACAGUCUGACAGUGUGGACGUGCAGGCCUUGCAGAAUGAGGUGAACGAGCUGAGAGAGAUGGUUGAGCAGCUGACCAAGCGAGUGAGCGACCUGGAGAGCAACUAACUGAAGAGAGACCCCAAUAGAAUGAGAGAAGGUUUAAAAGAAAAAUGCAAAUGGACAUGUACAAGAUAUGCAAAUAAUGAAAUCCGAAAAGGUGCAUAUUGGAAAGAACAUUUUGUAGAAUUAUGUGAAAAGUCUUCAUGGGAUACCAUUUUGCAGUCCAUUUCAGACCAAAUUUUGCUCUUCAGGGAUUUCACUUUUUUAAAAAGAAUUUUGAUUUGUUUGAAGCCCAUUUUAAUAUAUGUUUUAUAGGAUUUGAA